AUGGAAGAGGUGAUGGAAAUCAAAGACGGUGCUGCAAAUUCAUGCAGCCUCAAGAAGUACAAGAAAGCGUCGAGCAAGGAAAAGGAGGGGGGUGGUGCCAAGUACCGGGGAGUCCGGCGACGGCCAUGGGGACGGUACGCGGCGGAGAUAAGAGACCCUCAGUCCAAAGAGAGGCGGUGGCUCGGCACCUUCGACACCGCUGAGGAGGCCGCCUGCGCCUACGAUUGCGCCGCUCGCGCCAUGCGCGGCAUCAAAGCCCGCACCAACUUCGUGUACCCCAACGCCUCUCCGGACUUCCACUCCUCCUUCACAGCUUUCCCCACCACCACCGCCUUCCCUAAGGUUGGCGGCCUCCCUGAGUUGCACCACCCUUCUCAGAUAGACCCCUCUGAUCUCUUCCCUUGUGGCAAUUUCUCUCCUUGCCAUGCUCUUGCUGGUGUUAUUGGUGGUGGUGGUGGUGGUGGUCCUUUUCUUGGUGGUGGAGGCGUCGGCGGUCUCCAUUCUUCCACCACAACCGCUCAUGGCCGGAAUGCUUUGAACAUGCUUCUCAUUCACGACUUCCUCAACUCCACGGCCACUGGUUCGCUUCCUAACUCAGCUACUUCGGCUAAUUUGCGGUCUCCGUCGACUCCCUGUCCGCCGGAUUUCAAUUGUUCAUCAUCCCUGCCCUUAAAGAACACUAAAGCAACAACUAGUUGUUCUACCGCCUUCGACCCGUUCGCUUUCUUCUGCUCCAACGACCUACCUUUGCUCGAAGACCCCAACUGGACCACCCUUGCUCCUCCGGACUCUCUGAAUUCAGCGACGGAAGCGAUCGAUUUCUCGGCACACGAGUCGUCUGGCUCCGGCUUGUUGCAGGAGAUUGUUCAUGGGUUCUGUCAAAAAUCGAGCUCGAGCCCGAACUUGGGGUCCGGCGGGUCCUCAGCCAGCACCGGCGUCUUGGGUCAUGUGAUCGAUGAGGAGCUGAGAAGGAAGAUCGACGAUGAUAAUUUGCGCUUGUACUUGGAGUAUCAGAUGUCUCAGGGGUCUCGCAGCGGCUCUUUGUCUUCCCCCUUGCAGCAACACCAGGUUUGUACCAACGUCGCCGCCGGAGAUGGCUACGACGGCGUCGAUAUUUCGGCUAUGUCCGACUCCGUAUGGGAAGAUAUUAUCCACUAUCCUGAACUAGUGGAUAUAUUUGCUGCCAGGUUGCAGAAGGCUUGA